AUUACUAGAAUGGCUAGUUAAAUUUUUUCAAUAAAAUAAAUUAGUAAAAACAAUAAAUGAGUAUCAAGAAGGAAUAAUAAAAAUACUAGAGGAUACUAAUAAAUAUUUAAAAUCAAUAUUAGAAUAUCUAUUUAAACCCUUAAUUCAAUUCAAAAGCAUCACUAAAAAUAGUUAAAAUAGAACAUAGUUGACCGUUAGUACAUCAAGACUAAAGAAAGAUAAAUGGAACACAAUCACAAAGAUUUGACCAUAUUCCAGAAAUUGGAAAAAAAUAGAGCAAAAAUAUACGAAAAGUAACCAAGAAAUAAGUAAACUAUAAAGCUACAAUAUUUAGUAACAUAUCUAGAAAAUAAAAUAUGGAGCAUCUAUAAUAUAAUAUUAUAAAAUUACAAGGAGAUUUAAAAUGGAAAAUUAGACAACAUCAACAUGAUAUAAGAGAACUAAAUAUAACAUCCUCAGAUUACUUAUAUCGAGUCAGAAGUCAUAGGAUGCAUUUGUUUUAGGGAAUAAUUCAAUUAUUAGAAGACGUAAUGAUAAUUAAAAAUACUUAUAAUGAUAAUUUAUUCUAAUUUUUCUACUCAAAGUUGGUUUGUUAUUAUAGUUUUCAAAAGAGAAUUCCAACGAAAAAAUAAAAAAAAUGAUGAUUUUCAUAAGUUCAAAAGGUGUUUUACAAUAAGAAAAGUAGAAAGACCAAUUCUGAAAUUUAGAAAACAGAAUAUUCCAAAAAUAUUCUGUUAACUUUUACAGAAUGCACUUAAUAUUUAACUUAAGUGGUACUGAGUGCACAUAUAAUUGAGUUCAGUGUGAUGCCCUAUUCUUACUUAAGUGGUAUGAAAUAUUAUGUUAACUUUUACAGAAUGCACUUAAUACUUAACUUAAGUGGCACUGGAUGCACAUAUAAUUGAGUUCAGUGUGAUGCCUUAUUCUUACUUAAGUGGUAUGACUCCCCCAAUUCUUAUACUUAAGUUAUAUCCGAAGUAUUUUACCCCACAGAACAGUAAACAAAUGUGUAGAAGCCCAUCCUUGUAACUUUCAACUUAUGAAAAAUAAUAACUUUUAACCUAUAACAAAUAAUCUGUAUUCAAAUAAUAACAAUACAAACUAUAACCAAAUGGAAUACAUACUACAUGGUAUAGAAAUUUAUUUGAAAAAAAACAAAGUGCAAUGACUAAGAAGGCCAUUAACUCUUCUAGAAACUAUUUGGAUUUCCCACAAAAAGAAAAAGGGUUUGAUUUUAUUUAUGUUUUUAGAAGUUCAUUAAACCGUGUGCUACCUAAAAUUUUAAUAUUAUUUACAAAACAACACGAUGGGGGUAGUCGUUUUCAUAUUUUUAUUAUAUAUUGUAGUAUUUAUAGGUAUAAAUUUCUUUACUUUUUUAUCGAGAAUAAAGAGACGUAAUCAAUUAAAUUAUUUCAAUAGAAUAUAAUGCUUGAGAAUAUAUUUUUAUUAGCAUUAUUCCACCAGCUGCCUGGAUGGGUUAGUUAUGGGAGGGUUGGAAGAAGAAGAAGGAACUUAUCAGGAACUGAAGUGAACCAAUAGUGCCAUUAUCAAAGAAUUCCACUUGGAAUUAUAUUGUUGCAGAAUCUGAUUCCAUGUUUAAUCAAAAUUUGACUUAAUCAUCUAGGAGGGACAAAAACAAAAAGUUUUCAGCAUACAGUGCAAUUCAUAGAAGUUUUCGAGCAUAAGACAUCUAGGUUUAAGACAAAUAAUAUUACCGUCAUAUCAAAUCUUUAUUCGCAAUUCAUAGGAUGUUGAUUGGCUUUAAAUAUGGUAUGGUUUAAAACAAACAGAGAGAUCCACACAAUGGAUUGGUGGCACAUAAGAAAAGCUGGUUUCUUUUUUGGUGGGAACGAUCGAAAUGGACAGAAGUGAGGCUGAUUAAGGUUUUCUGUACUGUGCUUCUUAAUCAUUGUUUAAUUCCUCUAAGUGCAGUAGAUUAAGCAGCAAGUGGCAUUAGCAGGAUAGAUCUCAAAGCUCAAAAGAUGGAGGUAAAGAGAAUUAAGGAGAAAGUGUGGUGGUGGGACAGAGGGGGAUUAGCAUUAGGGAAGAGCUCUCUGUCUCUUCACUAAUCUCAUCUCUGGGUUUCUUAGUAUUGAAGGAAAAUCUGGCAAUGGCUACGUGGUUGCUCUUCCAUCUGGGCUUUUUCCUUGAGGGGCCUCCUUUAACGGCCCAUUCUCAACGACUUUCUUCUUUUGUUUUCUCCACUACAUCUGAGUAUUUUAUUUUCUUACUCUGAAAGUGGUUUUAGUUAGUGGACCGGUAGCCGGUAGGGCUGCAAAUGAGUCAAGAUAUGCGACACAACGUUAGUUUUGGGAAAAUUUAUGUUGGACAUUCGGCUCGUUUGUUAAUGAUGCGAGGUUGACCUAAAUCUUAUGUGACUCACAAGAUGCGGGAGCCAAUUAAACUUGGUGACUUGUUGAGUUCAACUCGUGAGCUAAACUCAGUUUGAGCUACGAGCUGGCUCGUCGGUAUGGGUAGCGAGCCACGUCAACUAGCAACUUUUGAGGGAAUCGAUUAAUAGCUUACCAUUGCCUUGUUGAUAAUUCAUAGGCUUGUUAGAUUCUAUAUCUCACCACAUAUGAUGUUUAAGAAUUCGAGCACGUGAUCAAAUAUGUCUCAUUUAUAAUUUAAAAGAUAAAUUAUGUAUCAUAAAUUGGUAAAGAUACUAAUUACUAUUAAAUAACAUGAUAUGCAUAAUUAAAAAUUUAGAACUAAAUGAUAUGAUACUUGAACUCGAUUCGAUCUCGCGAGCUGAUUAAUGAAUCGAGCUUUGAGAACUCAUUAAUAAGCCGAGCUCAAAUUAGGCUAAAACUUGACUCGACUCAUUUGUGAAACUAGCGACACUAUCUAGCAAAGCCAUCCAAACAAGCUAGCUCCAUUAUGGUUCGGGAAGACGGCUACAUUACUACACGAGUAUUAGUUGUUUGGCGUGAAUAAGCAUCAUGUUGCGAUUCAUUCUUCUGAACAUGCACAAUCCUUUUGACCUACCUAAUGUAACUAGCAGCAGCAUGAUCAUAUCUGCAGGCCAAAGAUAUCAUCAAAGUGGGGAAUAAUUAUCCAUGAAAUAUUAGAUAAUAAUGGAGCUGUUGGCAAGUAAGGAUAUUCUUGAAGAAUAUGGGCAGAUUAGGAAAGGGAGCCAGCUAUUUGCACCCCCAUAGGAUGAAAGGAGAACAGAACACCCUCCACUUUUGCAGAAUUCAGAUAGAAAAUGAGUCAUGCAACCUAGAAACUGUGAAUUCAUUCUGUUUGCCACUAUGCUUCACCAUUAGGUGCCCUGCUGAAUCAGCUUCUGAAGUGGUUCGAAUAUUAUGGCCAGUUUGUAAGACAACAAGAUGAUAUUUUAUCAGGAAAAAAGAAGCAGACAGAAACCAUCAAUAAUACAAUGAAAAGAAGGAUCAAAAGAGGAGAAAAGAAGAAGAAAUGCAUCCUCUCCCUCCACAACAUGCAUAAUUAGCCAAUUUAAAUUUAUGGGUUUGGUUCAUAUUUGAGGUAUAUCCUAAAUAAUUCUAAUAAAAAUAUUUUCAAUCAUUAAAAAAAAAAACCAUUUGAAAUCAUGAAAUCAAACCGAAUAACACACCAUGCUAACCUCAUAUCACACCAUCGAAUCAUUCCAACACAAUAUGCACACUGUCAAUAAAGCUAAAAUGGAAUGUGGGGAAUACAAUACCUUCCUAUGAAAAUUUUAAAAUAAAAAUUACUAGUGAAUCAGAUUUCAUUUUAGUUCCCAACUUAGAGAACAAAAAAGGUGAUCAUAUAAGAUACGCCUACUCUCCCUUUCUCCUAUAUAUAUCUCACUUCUCACAACUUAAACCUUCCAAGGAACAGCUCAACAAAAACAGAGCAACACUACCACUCAACAAAAAGAAAGCAAAGGAAAAGAAGAGAAAAGUAAAGAAAACAGAGCAUCCUCUGUUUUCCCCUGUUCUUCCCUUUGUAAUAUCUACUGCUCUGUUUUUCUUCCUGCUACUCCGUUCCAUGCUUUCUGGGAAUCUAUAUCAGGCACGAAUAGAGGUUUUAUCUGUUUUGUCCCUGCUCGGAGAGAUGGCAGCUACCAUGAUUUCUUUGGGUUACCAAUUCGCUCUCGAGUGAAAGAAUAUUCCUUUCUGCAACCUUGUAAAGACGAUUAAAAAAAAGUUCGUUUCUUUUUAGUGUUUGAAUUGAUUAAGUGAAGAUGGAUUCGUUCAGCAUCACCAACCUCAAGGCCGUGAAAGCAAAGGCGAUCCGAAAGCACAGGAAGAUCGAGAAGAUCACCAACAUGUUCAGGUUGCUGGAAAUCCUGGUCGUUCUGGCCGUGGUUUCCAGAUUCUCAAUUCACCUCCCAGUUGCCGCCAAGAUCUCCGGCGAUUACAUCAAGGAUGCAGUGCUCGCUCUCGCCAGCCCGCGGUUCGUAUUCGUCGUGGGGAACGUGAUAGUGAUAGUCCUCUUCACCAAGUCCGGCCAGUUUCCGGGCCAAGACCGGAAGGGAAAGAAAAGCACAAAAGCUGAUCUUUACGAGGAAUUCGUGGAAAUGAGCGGAAAGGUUCCACAGCAGCCUUCACCUGUGGAACAGAGGGCUGAAACAGAGUACAGAAGAAAACAGAGCAAAAGUACAGAGAUUGUUGUCAGGGAAGAGGGUUCUUCCCCUGCUUCCUUAGGGAUCGUGAAGAGUUAUGAGAGGAGUCAAUCGGAGAAGCUGCCUGCUACUAAAUGGAUUGUGAGCAAGUCUGAGAAGGAACUUAAGCGAUCCGUGACGGAGAAGUUCAACGACAAGAGGAGUAAUGGUUGUGGUGAGGAAGUAAAGACGAAGAAGAAGGAGAAGGGUUCGUUUCCAGAGGACAAGAUGAGCAGCGAGGAGUUCAAGAGCACGAUUGAGGCCUUCAUUGAACGGCAGAAGAGGUUCCGAAGAGACGAAGAGAUCUCUGUAUAGACUGUAUUUGUGGGUUGAAGAAAAAACCAGAGCUUCUUUUGGCUUGGCUUGCUUCUAUACAGAUGAAGAACCUAAUGGAUGGUUUGUACAUUGCUAUCGAAAACCAGACACGCAAUGUAAAAAAGGAAUAUCAUCGACUAUAAAUGUUGUGUUUUUGUCCAUUUUAGCUUCCAAGUUUUCUCUGUCAAGUUGAAAGGAAAAGUUGGUUUUAGAUACUGGUGUGGUAAAUGUAUCAGCUUUGCACAGCGAGACACCUGAUUUAGGUCUCGUUAUGGUCAUUAUGAAGAAUAUCACUUACGAUAGAUAUCGAAGAUCUUGUGCUUGAGUUCAUCUACUACGACGAAUUAGCUUACAGUUAUAGCGAACGAGAUUCACCGUAACUUCUGCGAAAAAGGACCCUAGCCAAAAUGGAUUUAGAUAAAUCCAACUGUAAAAGUGGGAGAAACUUUACUGGAACUAAUGGGAAUUUGAAAUAUGCUGGCUGCUGAUGUGAGGAGAAUUCGGAUUCCAAAGGACAUGAACUUGGCAUAUGAUGACACUGAUAUUCUCAUCUUGAUGGGAUAAAAAGAUAUGGCAUGAAGUGGUGGUAGAUUUGUAUUCACAUUCUGCUCCACAAAGUAAAAGAAAAGAGAUAAGAAGAGCAAAGAAAAGAGGGAGGGGGGAAAAAGGAAACAAACCCCAUAAUUCAAAGAUUCCUGAGAACUGCUCAUUGGCCAAAUGGUUCAAAAAACUUGCAGACAUGAACAGGGGACCAGAAAAGCAAGAAAGAGUGAUACUUUUGGAGUGAAUUGAGUGAGUGAGGGCAAUCCAAUCCACGCUGUGUAGGGAAAAGAGCUCUCACUCGUUCAAAGUUCAAACUGGUGCCUAAUCUAAAAUCUGAUUCCUGACUCAGCAGUGUCGCCUGAGCCAGAGCCAGUGAGGCUGACAAGACAUAAAAAGCUAAGGCAGAGAACGAACCCUCCAAAAAGAAGCCAGGGCAUAGGCUAAUGAGUAAAGGGUUCUAAGAGCU